CUUUCUCCUCCCUCCCUCCGCCCUGCGUGCGCGGCUGGGAGCCGGCGGUGCCCAUCGCAGCCCCCCCCGCCGGCUGCAGCAGCGCAGCCGCCCCCGCCGGGGGCUCCGCAGCAUCACCCGCCCGCUGGGCCAGCAGCGCAAGAGGGAGAUGCAGCCGCAGCCCUGAGCAGGUGCUGCCCAAACCAUCCGUGACCCACCUCCGUGGAGCCCAGGACCAGCCAUGAGCAGCUUCUUCUCACGCCUGGACCCACGGCGGGUGCCAUGGGGGGCAGCAGGUCAUGCCCUGCGCACCCGCGUCCUGCGCACCAAGCCUGUGGAGUCCAUGCUGGAGAGCACAGGGACCACUACCACGCAGGGCACCAGGCUGGCCAAGGUCCUCACCACCCUCGACCUCAUCUCCCUCGGUGUCGGGAGCUGCGUGGGCACUGGCAUGUACGUAGUGUCUGGCCUGGUGGCCAAGGAGAUGGCAGGGCCUGGGGUCAUCGUUUCCUUCAUCAUCGCUGCCGUUGCCUCCAUUUUGUCAGGUGUUUGCUAUGCUGAGUUUGGUGUGCGGGUCCCCAAGACCACGGGCUCUGCCUACACCUACAGCUACGUGACAGUGGGGGAGUUUGUGGCCUUCUUCAUCGGCUGGAACCUCAUCCUGGAGUACCUGAUCGGCACGGCUGCAGGUGCCAGUGCCCUCAGCAGCAUGUUCGACUCACUGGCCAACCACACCAUCAGCCGCUGGAUGAUCAACAGCGUUGGGACGUUGAAUGGACUAGGGAAAGGAGAGGAGUCAUACCCUGAUCUUCUCGCUCUGGUCAUUGCUGUCAUUGUCACCAUCAUCGUGGCCAUGGGGGUGAAGAACUCAGUGGGGCUGAACAACGUGCUCAACGUCAUUAACCUGGUCGUCUGGGUCUUCAUCAUGAUCGCUGGUCUUUUCUAUGUCAAAAGUGAUAACUGGGCUGAAGGACAAUUCCUGCCGUUUGGAUGGCCGGGGGUGCUCAAAGGGGCUGCAACAUGUUUCUAUGCCUUCAUCGGCUUCGAUAUCAUCGCCACCACAGGAGAAGAAGCAAAGAGUCCCAACACCUCCAUCCCCUAUGCCAUCACAGCGUCACUUGUCACAUGCUUGACAGCAUAUGUGUCUGUGAGCAUCAUCCUCACGUUGAUGGUGCCAUAUGAUGCCAUUGACACUGAGUCCCCGCUGAUGGAAAUGUUUGUGGUCCAUGGCUUCUAUGCAGCCAAGUUCAUCGUUGCCAUUGGGUCUGUGGCCGGCCUGACUGUCAGCUUGCUGGGCUCUCUUUUCCCGAUGCCGAGAGUAAUUUACGCCAUGGCUGGUGACGGGCUGCUCUUCAGAUUUUUGUCCCACAUCAGUUCUUACACGGAAACUCCGGUAGUGGCUUGUAUCGUCUCCGGAUUCCUCGCAGCGCUGCUCUCCUUGCUGGUCAGUCUGCGGGACCUGAUAGAAAUGAUGUCCAUUGGCACGCUGCUCGCCUACACCCUGGUCUCAGUUUGUGUCCUGCUCCUCCGAUACCAGCCCGAGAGCGAUAUCGAUGGCUUUGUCAAAUUCCUCUCUGAGGAGCAUACCAAGAAGAAGGAGGGCAUCUUGGCUGACUGCGAGAAGGAAGCUUGCUCCCCGGGGAGUGAAGGAGAAGAAUUUUCUGGCCCACCAACCAACACCUGCGGGGCAAAAAAUCUGCCAUCCCUGGGGGAUAAUGAGAUGCUAAUUGGGAAGUCCGAUAAAUCCACCUACAAUGUGAAUCAUCCCAAUUAUGGCACGGUAGACAUGACCUCAGGGAUCGAGGCAGAUGAGUCUGAGAAUAUCUACCUCAUCAAGCUGAAGAAGUUAAUUGGCCCUCGCUACUACACAAUGCGGAUUCACCUUGGGCUGCCAGGGAAAAUGGACCGCCCCACAGCAGCCACCGGCCACACGGUCACCGUCUGUGUGCUCCUGCUCUUCGUCCUGAUGUUCAUCUUCUGCUCCUUCAUCAUUUUUGGGUCAGACUACAUCUAUGAGCAGAGCUGGUGGGCUGUCCUCCUCGUCGUGCUGAUGGUCCUGCUCAUCGUCGUGCUGGUGUUUGUGAUCUUGCAGCAGCCGGAAAACCCCAAGAAGCUGCCCUACAUGGCACCUUGUUUGCCCUUUGUCCCUGCCUUUGCUAUGCUGGUGAAUAUCUAUCUCAUGCUAAAGCUCUCCACAGUCACAUGGAUCCGAUUUGCCGUCUGGUGUUUUGUGGGUCUACUCAUCUACUUUGGCUAUGGGAUGUGGAACAGCACGCUGGAAAUCAGUGCCCGUGAAGAGGCCCUCCACCAAAGCACCUACCAGCGCUAUGAUGUGGACGUUGACCCCUUCUCCAUGGAUGACGGCUUCUCCUAUGCCACUGAGGGUGAGGGAUACCCAGGCUGGGGUCCCUCCGAGGACAAGAGCUUCUCGUACCAGCAAAUGGCAGGAGCAAAGGAAAGCCAUCGGACGAGUAGCAGGUCGAAAAGCAAAGGCAGGCACAAACCGCCGUCGGAAGCCCUUAUCGCCAACGAUGAGUUGGACUACUCACCUGAGUAGCAGGGCAGGCAGUGGGGCACUGUGCCACCUAGUUGAUGAGGAAGGGUCCCCACGGCUCCCCCAUCUCGUCCCCUCCUUCCCAGGUCCUCCGCCACCACCCUGCUCACCUCCAGUCUUUGGGACACACUCUGCAAUUGCCGUUGACCCCAAAACAAACACACCCAUGGCCUGUCAUGGCUCCAGCGGUCAGGUCCUGCUUUGGUGAAUGCCAUCCGAUCCUUUGGCAUUGGUUGAUCUCCUGGCACCAGCCACAUCGGCAGAGAUGAUGGAGUGGGAGAGGUGCCAAACUGGUAGGGUAUUUGAGAGGCGGAAGGAGCCACAUGAGGGGAUGAGACGAGUUGUCCCUGGGGAAUGUCCACCCAAUGGCUGCAGUGGUGGGAUGCCACUAUUACAUUUUUGGCACUUUCUUAGCAUGUGUGUUUUUUUUCUUUGAACCACCUUAGAAGUAAUAGCUGAGCCAGAAGGACAGAUGGGUGGGUAGGUGGUUACAAAAUGGGAAUGGACAAACCUCUUUCAAAGGAGUAGCUCAGAGGUGGAGUAAGGGAUUUUGGUCCCAUCAUACAGCAAUUCCAUGGCUCAUUUUGGCACAAAGGCACCCUGUGCACACAGCAUUGUGGUGUGUGUCCCCCCGUGUCCAUCCCCACAUCCUAAAUCCAAGCAUCCCAAAUACUGGGAUUCAAAAUUAGUCUGUGUCUCAAUCAAACCUUGAAAUCCCAGCAUGGCCGAACAUCCCAGAUUUGCGGCUGGGAGCCUGGUCUCAUUUCUGGUCACAGCAAUGGCUGUGAGCCAUUCUUGGCUUAACCUACCUAGUGUGAAUGGUUGACAAUGACCACGCGCUGUUCCUCUGAGCAUCAGCGGUCUGAGGCUGGGCACUGUUUUCACCUUGUUGUGUCUUUUGCAAAAAUGACUAUGCCAUAAUUCCCUCCCUGCAGUGGGCACAUUUCGCCACUCACUCUGGCCUCAGUGCUUCAGGGACGUGUCUGCGCCCCUGCAGAAUAGCAACAUCCAUGGAUCGGCCACCUCUUGGCGGGGCUGGGCCACACAGGGCAAGGGGAGAGGAUUCAGUUGCUGAAAUCUCCCUUCUUGCUAGCGUGUCCACCUUGUACCAUUUUCUCUGUUUCUGACCCUGGCUUGGUGAAUACUAUGUGAAAAAACCACUGAAAUGCUCCUUUUUUCUAUACAUUUCCAUAUUUCAGUUUGAAACCAAAUGGAGCUGGUGGCUCACAGGGCAGAGGUGGUCUGCAGGUGGGUGUUUCUCAUAGUUAACCCUUCUGCUACGGCCAGAGCAUGGCCACGACCAGCCCCCAGCAGCACUGUCGGGUUCUCAACCAGCAGCAUCCUCGCAGCACUCUUAGUGGUGACAAGCUUUGGUCGCAGCCACCACUGUCCCCAGCGCAAACCGCAGCCACACUGCUGAAUCAGCAGUUAGCAGUGGGUUCAGUUUUGGAGCCCAUCACCCAACUGCUUAGUUUCGAACACUGCAACAGAGGAACAACUUUUUGAAUAAAUAAAAACCAAGGAAGAAUCCCGUCCAACAGCAACACCCAUCCUCCUCCCAUCUGCCAAAGGCUGUGACCAGAUCCAUCCCCAGGUCUCCCCUGGAGCAGCCCAGGCCAGCGCCCCGUGCCAGGAGCUGCUGCUGGUGUCUUAGCGGGCAAUUUAAUAUCAACAGGGGCAUGAGGCAGGAUUUCCAACAUGUGAUGCUGAGAACCAUUAAUGCUUUGGUUGACUGGAUGAGGCUCAGCCACCCAAAAAAUUGCAGAGCCUGCCUGGCACCCUUCAUGAGCGAGGGUGCUGCUGACUGCAGAGGCUGUGUGGAUCCGCGCCCAUCCCUGUCUCUUCAAGGCUCAAGGUCUCAAUGGAGAGGGUCUGGCUAUGGCUGCGAAAGUUUCUCCACUGCAGCUUCUGUCUCCAGCUGUCACAAAGCACAGUCCUUUUUGCAGUGGAGAAGAGCAUUUGAUUCUGCAGAUUUUAACCAGGAGCACUCCAUGCAAGCCAAGGGAAGUUUGGCCUCAAUGAGAGCUUCAGGUUGGGAGUGAGGAUUUGGCAAAAAGGACCCAUAAGCUUCACCCCGGCAUCGCCUCCUGCUGCCUGCCCCUGCCACGCUUCUACAAGCAGAAAUCCAGAGUGUGUCCCACCAAAAAGCUCUUUGCAAUGCAUGCACCAUUCAUGAGCCAGCUUGGGAAACUUUUCCGGUGGUGCUGAAUGUCUCACAAAGGUCACCUCUCACUCGCGCUUGGCUGCUCUCGUCCUCAAUGCCUUAGAAACACCCAAGAGAGAUGGCACCUCACAGGUCUGGCUUUACGUUUUCAGGGAGAAAGAUUGAUGCUAUUUUCCUACCAGCUCUUUUACUACACCAUAUCUGAGGUAGUCGUCUUCGUCCUGCUUCAGCAAGGUAUUUAGGCACCUGCCGAACCACAAACUCAUGCCCAAGUACCCUGUCGAAUUGAAGCCUGUUAUUCCUUUUGCAGCCUUAAUCUCUUGCUACAGAGCAGUUACCAGUACCAGUGUCUGUCGUCAUGUCUGCUCUAAUUAUGCCAUGUAAUUUGAUGAGGGCUUUGGUGUCUGUAGGAACCUUUCAUUUGGAUCCAUGCAUUGAGUGAAGCCCUUUGGCUGCUCUUGUUCCCAUUCACCCAUCCUCCUUGCCCUUCUUGGGGAAGUGCCAGGGCAGGACAGCUGUGCCAUGCCCCCAGAACCACUAGGAGACACCACUUGAUACCAUGGCACCAUCUGGUGCUGAUGGGCUGCCAUCGGACCUUGCUGUGGCAAGAGGUGGGAUAUGUGCACUCCUCCCAAGCGCACACCAUCCCACCUAACGCUGGAGGGUAAGAAGGUAGCUGAGCUGUAGGCUGGGGCGUGCCUGGGUUUUGCUAGCGGCCAAGCAGCGAAUGCCCAGGGAUGCUGAUUUGCAUCAAGGUCUCCCCACUCCGGGCAGCAGUGCGUGGGGGAUGUGUGCGUCCAGCCUCUGUUUGGGUUCUCAGGCACUUCUCCUUGUAGCCAGCCUUGGAGUCUUCAGUGGGUGCAAGAAAAAGCUGCAAAGGCCAAAACAUCCAGGUAUGUUGUUAUGGACUCUGGGAGAAGAUGUAAGUUCUUGUUUUGCUGUAACCCCAAAAUGCAGCCUUUCCCCCGGGUCCCCAAAGGAGGAGACCUCCUGGGACCCAUCAGGAGA